GCUGCCCGUCGGUUGUAUUUCCGGGUUGGUUUGAGCAGCGGAGAGUGAAGAUGAUCAGAGUGAUCAAUAAUCAAUAAUCAGCUGUCUGACCGAGCGCCUGCGUGACGUCACCAUGGCCAAACAGCUGAUCAUCGCAGACGAUGAGGAGGUGCAGGCAGAGGAGAUGAACCCGUUCUCCUUCAGAGAGUUCCUACGCUGGAAGAACCAGGAAGAGGACGAGGACGAGGACCAGGACCAGGACCAGGACCAGGACCAGGACCAGGACCAGGACCAGGACCAGGAGGAGACUUACAGGAAGGUCGGCAGCUCUCUGACCUUUGACCCUGAGCACAGCAGCUGUUUCUUCCCUGAACCCUCACUUUGCCAGGUAGAGGGUGAGGAGGCGUGGGGGCGGAGCUUCCUGCCAGGUGAAGAGGAGGAGACCAGAUUCUCAUCCAGACCUGAAGAUCAGCUGACUGAAGAUCAGCUGACUGAAGAUCAGCUGACAGGAGACAACUACGAAGGAGACGAUGAAACGUCCAUCACAGAACCAAUCAGCAGCAGGAGGAAGGGCCUCCUGCAACAGCUGCAGCAGGAGAACGUGUCUCUGAGGUCGUCCCUCGUUGAUCUCCAGCAGAGGUCAGAGGUCAAUGAGCGCAGGGUGGCGGCGCUGUCGGAGGAGCUGCAGCAGAGGAGGCGCCAGGAGGAGAAGGAGGCGCAGCAGAGGAGGCGCCAGGAGGAGAAGGAGGCGCAGGACCUGGAGAGCAUGGUUCACUCUGUGGAGCAGAACCUGGGCCUGAUGACGAAGCGGGCGGUGCGAGCAGAGAGCAGCGUCUCCAAACUGAAACUGGAGCUGCAGACACUGCAGGCUCAGGUGGAUUCGCUGCAGAAGGAGAACGACAGUCUGAAGUCAGCUGAUUCUCAGGUCGUCAUGACGAUGAGACAAAACGCUCAGAUGGCCUCAGAGUACCUGACGAAGACGCUAACGUUAGCCCACUCCUCCAUCCGCCAGCUGUUGGGUGAGACAGAAACUCUACAUUUGGUGUCUCAGCUUCUUCGCUCCAUUGAUAAAAUGUCCGAGCUGAACACGGAGUCCUGAACGCCUCGUCUGUGACGGACAGGAGGACACGUUGUCGUGGAAACGGCCUGCGAGGAGGUCACCUGACCUCUGAUGACAUCACAACAGCCUGAGUGGAUUCUGGCUUCUGAUUGGCCGGUUGGACUGAAGACAGAUUUAUCUUUGAUGUUUUUUACGCUUUAAUAUCUGAAGUUUGAUGAGUUAUUGAUUAGUAAUUGAUGAUGUAUCUUUAAACUGGUUAUUUUCUAAUAAAUGUUCAAACUAUCUCAUGGCAACAGAAAAUUAAUUAGUUGUAUUGAUCGGGCAGGUUGUUCCCUUCUGAUUGGUUCUUUACCUGUCAGCUGACAUGAACUCACCUAUCAGAUCCCAAUAAUCAAUAAUCAGUAAUCACUUCUAACAGAGUAAAAACAGAAACAUUAAUUCUUCCUCGCUGCAGUACAGUGAGGAAGAGGAGGAGGAAGAGGAGGAGGAAGAGCAGAGCUGUUAAGACACUAAAAUGUUUUUCAGGGUUUUAAAUUUUUUAUAUCGAGAUGAAAAAUAAAAUUUUAUAAAAGUGA